AAAGCCUGGCCCAACAAGCCGUUUGACCGUAACGUUUUAACCAUCCCCCGAACAAUCCAUAAAAACCCCAUCCUGGAUACCGUUAAAGAGAGCCUUUCCGCAACCUAUCUCACAACACUUUCCACAAGCUCCAGAGCGAUGAGUGAAACCCUUGUGAAAUACGCGUCUCUCAAAACGGAGAGGCAAAUCCACACCCUCGAGGAAGUCGAGAAACACGUCACGUCCUCGGACUUGUGGAUGGUUAUCUACGACAAGGUGUACAACAUAACCACAUUUCUAGACCUACAUCCUGGCGGCGCCGAGGUCCUCUUCGAUUGCUCCGGUGUUGAUGCCACCGCUGCCUUUGAAGAUGUUUGCCACUCGAACGAUGCCAUCAAAAUGCUCAAGCCCUACUUGGUGGGCCAUCUUGACCUGCUGCAGGUGAAGUUCCCUCCAAAACCGCUCGACGACGACGUCGAAGCGUCUGACCCUGGUGAGAAGAAACGUCGCUCCUCCUUAUCACAUACAGCCAGACACAAGAGAUAUAUCGGAAAGAGAAAGCACAAUGUGUUUGGGAAAUCCUUCUUAAAGGGGAGGGGAAACAUCGCCGGUCUCACCGUGCUAGCGACGUUUGCCUUUGCAGGGUAUGUCUUUAUCCAGUGGAAAAAAUGGACCGAUUGGAGCGCCGCUUGAUGAGACAUGGAUUGAAAGUAAGCAAGAGAGGGCCUCUGUGAAACAAGGCCUCCGGGAUGUCUAGUGUCGGCAGUGCUACGGAUAAAUAAACUGACUGACAAUGCUUCGUCUGCUGCAUUUGAAAUGAGAGUACUCCCUUUACAGGCGAUUGCUGAAAGAAACGGACCUGCCGUCUUUCCACGGCCCAAAUAUUGAACUUUGCUCCCAAACAGCCACUUCUACUCCGCUGACUGGCGUAAUAAUAUUUAUACUGGAAAUUGCAUACUGUGCGUGGCCGAUACCGUGAGGUCUCUAAUUCGGGGAUCAAGCCAUUUUUGCGUUCUUGCUGUACGUUUUAAUGGCAUAUUUUAGAGGUUAAGCCGUAUGUUAGUGUUUACAGAGAUCUGGGGGUUAUGCCACCGCCUAUCCUUUCUAUAUCAAUAUAACCAGGAUCUUUCGACUUUGAGCCGGAAACCAAAAGGUUGGUAUGGACAUG